AUGUCUACAAAUCCAAACACCAUACCAGUAGUUCCCAACCGGGAACAAUUGGGCAUGCCUCAAAUUGAUGAUGUUCGCCAUGAGCAUGACAUUCCGACCGUCGCCAUUCCUGCCCCAGGUGUUAUUUCCAACGGUCAAUUGGAGUGGAUGAUGUCUACAAUUGCAAAUUUGGAGUCACGUUUGGCGACAUCUGAUUGUCAAGCCAUGGAACACCGUUUUCCGUCGCGUCCUGAUUCCGAUCCACCGUAUGCUGUCCCGAUUUCAUCAUCAGUUCGUGCCUCUAACCUGCAGCAGCAGUUUCAACCGACGGUUACAGAGUGUCUCAAACAACCACUUCAGCGUGAGGUUAAGCUUCACCGGCCUUCUACACUUGUUGCGGCUUUCGCCUUAGCUAAAGAAUUAUCAGCUUGUCGUUCUGAUUUGCUUCCAUCCACCUCUGCUUAUCAGCGAAAACCGUGGAUUCCAAGAGAGUCCCGAACUCCAUACACUCCUUCGGCCGGUACAAACACCACAACAGCGCAGUCAUCACAAACGCCUCGCCCAUCAUCUGCACGAUAUCGUACGAACGAUUUGGGGAAACUUCCUGUCGUGCGGCUAUCAGGGGCAGAAAAGGCCGAUCGCUUGCGUCGUGGGCUAUGUUGGUAUUGUGAUGAAAAAUGGGUUCCUAGCCAUGUUUGCAAACAAAAUUUUCUUGCUUACAUGGGAGUUGAUGAUGGAGAUGUUGAUGAUCCAGAAUAUGAUAGUAGUCUACCCGAGGACAAUGUGAUUACAGCAGAUCUGUCCCAUUUGAAUGCUAUCGACAUUCGAAGGCGUGCGAAGUCAAUUAAUAUGGUGGGCACACUCCAUGCAACUGCAGUGAAUAUCCUUGUUGAUACCGAAAGCUCCCAUGAUUUUAUACAUCCACGCCUCGCCGAAAAGCUAAGUCUUUCGUUGACUAAAAUUAAACCUUUUCGUGUUUAUGUUGGUAAUGGUGAGUCCUUACUUUGUUCUCAUGUCAGCAAGGAGACGGUGCUCGAUCUACAAGGUCAUAUUUUCCAUGUUGAUCUACACAUUUUGGCUUUCCACGGUCCCGACAUAAUUCUAGGCAUGGAGUGGUUAGAAUCAUUGGGUCGUGUCACACACGAUUAUGUGGCCCGAACCAUGGAAUUUUACAAAGACGAUUCUCUGGUUAUUCUACGGGGCGGAUUAUCUUUACCUCAUCAGAUUUCUGUCAAUGCUUUAGCUACACUUCUGGAUUUAUUUGAAAUUGUAGCUGUUCCACCGCCUCCCCAACCGACAGUCACAGAACAACCUAUUUUUCAAGCUGAUUUGCCACAACAAAUUUUGCGCGUACUGUCAGAUUUUGCGGCUGUUUUCGGGCAGCCAGAAGGAAUGCCUCCUUCUCGUCAGUUCGAUCAUCGAAUUCACUUACUUACUGAUUCAAAGCCUGUCAACGUCCGGCCUUAUCGGUAUCCUUAUUUUCAAAAACAGGAGACUGAGAAACAAGUCGGGGCUAUGCUCGAACAAGCAUCAUUCAACCUAAAAGAUGGCACGUUUCGAUUUUGCAUCGAUUACCGUGCUCUCAACAAAGCAACCGUUCCCGACCAUUUCCCUAUUCCGACUACGGAUGAGCUAUUCGAUGAAUUGGGUGCAGCAAAGUUUUUCACGAAGCUUGACCUUCGUUCGGGUUAUCAUCAGAUUCGGAUGCACAGAGAAGAUAUAUUUAAUACAUCUUUUCGAACACAUGAUGGUCAUUUUGAGUUCCUUGUGAUGCCAUUCGGUCUCACCAAUGCUCCUUCAACAUUUCCAGCGGCCAUGAACUCCGCUUUUCGACCCUUGUUGCGUAAGUUUGUCAUUGUGUUCUUUGAUGAUAUCCUCGUUUAUAGUCCUACUCUUGAGGUGCAUUGCAGCCAUUUAACGGAGGUCCUCUCUAUUUUGGCGGCUAAUCAAUUUUAUGUCAAGCUUUCAAAGUGCAUUUUUUGUAGUGAGUCCGUGGAUUAUUUGGGACACAUAAUUGUUAAUGGGAGACUUCAAGCAGAUCCAUCCAAAUUGGAAGCUAUGGUCGCUUGGCCUACUCCGUCGACAGUUAAACAAUUGAGGGGAUUUCUAGGCUUGACGGGCUAUUAUCGACGUUUCAUUGCUCACUACGCGAUGAUUGCCGCACCACUCACCGAGUUACUCAAAAAGGAUUCUUUCACAUGGACAUCGGUGGCGGAUGAUAGUUUCACAGCUCUCAAAGCUGCUAUGAUUUCAGCACAUGUUCUGCAGCUACCAGAUUUCAGUCGCACUUUUUGUGUUGAGACGGAUGCCUCAGAUUUUGGUAUUGGAGCGGUAUUAUUACAAGAUGGUCAUCCGUUAGCUUUUUCAGUAAAAAGCUUGGCCCUCGGCGGUGCACGGCUUCCACCUAUCACAAAGAAUUUUUCGAAUAGAGUAAAAUCCGGUGCUUCCAACAAAGUCGCGGAUGCUCUCUCACGUCGAGACCCAGACGCGGACAACGAUGGGGACCUCUUCAUGGCCAUGGCUCACCCUUUGCCUAACUUGCUGGACGACUUGCGAGCUGAGACGGCCUCUUCGGAUGUGUUGACUGCAAUCCGCCAAUCCAUUACUGACGGGUCAGCAGCUCCACAUUUUACUUAUUGUGAUGGUUUGGUUUAUUUCAAGAGGCGCAUAUAUGUGGAUCCUAACUCUCCAGCCAGAGCCCAGUUAUUAUUUGAACACCAUAAUACUCUAGCUGCAGGUCACCCAUGUGUGGAUAGAACAUUUAAACGAUUGGCAGCAUUCUUCUACUGGCCAAGGAUGCGUCGGGAGGUAAGACAGUAUGUUGCUUCAUGUGUUGACUGUCAGACGACCAAGUAUUCUACUCAACGCCCAGAGCCUUUACCUGUUCCAUCCCAAGUGUGGGACGAUGUAUCAAUGGACUUCAUUACAGGGCUCCCUCCUUCUCGCGGAUACACUGUGAUUAUGGUGGUCGUUGACAGGUUGUCAAAAUAUGCGCACUUCGCAGUAUUUCCCACUAAAUUUGAUGCUUUGCGUGUUGCUCGGUUGUUCAUUGAAACGGUCGUUAAACAUAAUGGCUUCCCAAGUACUCUUGUCUCUGAUCGUGAUCCGAUUUUUCUAAGUACAACUUGGGAACACAUGCUUCGUUUGAGUGGCACGAGGCUCCAUUUCACCACGGCCUACCAUCCUCAAUCUGGUGGGCAAAUAGAGGUACGAAAUAGAGGUCUUGAGCAAUAUUUGCGUGCUUUCACGGCCGACAAGCCGUCGAAGUGGACAGAAUUUUUACCAUGGGCUGAGUUGGCUCUUAAUUGUUUUCAUCAUUCGGGUUUGGGCACUUCCCCAUUUCAUGCCUUGUAUGGUCGAGAACCGCCAUCCUUAGUUGCAGCCCCGCCUUCCUUGGCCACACCUCCAGCAAUUGCAGACCUUAUCCGUCAACGUGGUGAGUUGCUAAUCAAAUUACGGUCCAACUUAGAGUCUGCGCAGCAGCGGAUGCGUGAUGUUGCUAAUAAACAUCGCCGUGACGUGCAUUUUGAUGUGGGUGACAUGGUUCUCCUAAAAUUACAACAGUAUAGGCAACAUUCAGUUGCUCGUCCGCUACCCGCAAAGCUCUCUCGGCGUUACUAUGGGCCCUUUAAGGUUGUGGCUAAGGUGGGGUCAGUGGCGUAUCGCCUUGAUUUGCCACAGGGCUGUAGAAUUCAUAAUGUUUUUCAUGUCGGCCUUCUACGUCCAUUUGUUGUGGGAGACUCUGUUUGUGUGCCUGCUACUCUACCUGAUGAGUUCUUUAUGUCGCACCCAAUCAAUGUACCAGAGAAGUUGCUGGAUAGACGCGUUGUGAUACAGCAAGGCAAGCCCGUGGAAUAG